GGCUCGACGGAGCCUACCGGUGAACUACCGACAUCUGCUCCACCCGAUAUCGCUGGCCUCCACACACAACCAAGAACGUCUCUGGCCUCUCCCUUCCACUUGCCUCCCCCGUUCACACACAGCAACAUGGUGCAGGUGUCUAAGCCCCUGGUGAUCGCCGGCGUCUCGGCCGUAGCAGCUGCCGCCCUCCUUAUCUUCGCUCUGGCCCGCAACGGCAGCUCCAGCGACGCGAAGAAGGAAAAGAAGGAAGACGGUGUGCGUGAAGUGCCCAACCUGCACAAGGAGCAGCUGCUCAGCAUCCUCGAGACCAUUUGCACGCAAAUGGGCCAAGUUGUGGUACGUUUAACCAGCUCUCGACAGUACAGCACAAUACUAUGGAUAUUAAAUCAGUUUUGUACUCUUAUCUAGAUGCAACUGGCCAAGCUGGAGGCUAAGAUCCGCCAGGAAUCGUCCCAGAGCGGUCGCUCCCUGCCGGAGGACCAAUUGGCCUCAUACCUCAUGGGUCAGUUCGAGGAGGCCAUGAAGGCCAUCGAGUCACAGGUGUAUGCCAAGUUCCAAACUACCGAGGACGAAGUUAAGGUGGCCACUGAGUACUUCGAAGAGGAGGACGACAAGGACGUGGCCAACGCUGUUGCCAAGCUGCAGGAGCUCUACCGUGUCAUGACCGGCGGCGGCUUCAGUGACGUCGAGGUGCCCUCUGAGCUCACACUGACCAAGUUCAUUGAGAUCAUGCAGGAGACCAUGGAGUCGCUCAAUGUGGCCAUGGAAGAAGUCUGCCUUGAGGUCAAGGAGCUCAACCCGGACAACAAGGAGGAGGCCAUCAACCAGAGAUAUGUCAAGCGCGCUGACAACCUGUCGGCCGAGAUCCACGCCAAGCACGGCCUCACGCGCGAGGUUCUCCAGGCUGCGAUGAUGAAAUACCAGCAGGAACCGGCCUUUUUGAUGGCCAUGACGGAGCUCCAGCAGCAGCAGGCUGAGCGCUUCGCCGCGGCCGCCGCCAUCUUCAACGGUGAGGUGAACAUGGGCUUGACGGAAUAAGUCUAAGCUACAAUAUCUACUAGAAGAAUGGAAUCCGAUCGUCCCAGCUGCAGUCCCCUUCAACCAGUCGUCAGCUCAAAGCGCGAGCCAAACCACCGCCCUCUUUUUCCCUAUCGACGAAGUAGCUAGAAUUCCCGCAUCGUCCUUUCCCAGUUAUGAUCGCUCACUAGGAGCGACGUCGGAGACGAGAGGAGGCUUUUGUGACCUGCACCCUUUUUGUCUGGCUGUGCGCGUCGGCUACAUAUUGGUUGAAUGAGUUGUGCCGGUUAGAGUCGCCUUGCUGUUGUAUUACUUGUACGCUGCAUGCAUCCUGCUUCCGUAUAGCUUUGUGGUUGUCUGUAUUAAUCCUGCUUGGGUUUUCAUUCAGUGAUCCACUUCAACUUGACCUUUAGUGAGCCGGGCAUUACCCUUUGCCCACCACAUCGAGACAAUUUUUC